UUCAUUCUUAUUUUGUCCAAACGAAUAAGAAUGGACUCAAUAAAUGGCAACAAGAGCCUUGUUUUUACAGAAUCAAACCAAGUUCAGUGGAUACGCAGCAGUCACCCAACCGGUCUGAGGACCGAGGACCCGGGAGUGACUUCACAGGAAUUUUUUUCACCUGUGAACACAAUGACCUGGAGCAAGGGGUGUGGCUAUCCCUGCGAAAGCAUGCAGGGCGGGAGUAUUGCUUUGCUGUUCUCCCUCUCACUUCCUGGUCUCAGAGACACUGGCCAAAUAUGUGGAGUGACAAACAGAAGAUAACCUGUAAUAUUCUGGACCUUUGACAGUCAAGUGGGGAAGUAUUAUCCUACAGUAAAGAUUUUUUGCCCAUUGCUGGUGUAAAGCAUGUUCCUGUGGCAAUAUCUGACACCGCUCCUGCUGAUAGCUGUUCAAAUAUGCAAAGGUCAACAAUGUGACGAGUUCACAGAUCUAAAUCUCGGUCAUGCAUUCAUUGGCACCAACAUCAGAAUUAGGUUGUUGCUGUACACCAGGGAGAAUAGUACCUGCGGCACGCUCCUGUCCCACACUGACCUGUCAGACUAUCCCCAGUUCAGUUUGUCCAAAACCACCACCUUCAUCGUUCACGGGUAUAGGCCCACGGGAUCUCCGCCGGCGUGGGUUAACGAUAUGACAGAGCUGCUGCUGGCCAGGGACGACAUGAACAUCAUAGUGGUGGACUGGAACUACGGAGCUACCAAUUUGAACUAUCUCAAGGCAGUGGAGAACACAAAGAAAGCAGCAGCCAACCUGACUGCUUUCAUUGAAAUGAUGCAGGACCAAGGUGCCUCUCUGAGCUCCAUCCACAUGAUUGGAGUCAGCCUCGGAGCUCAUAUAUCAGGUUUUGUGGGCGCCAACCUGAAAGGGUUAAUUGGAAGAAUUACAGCUCUGGAUCCUGCUGGGCCUCAGUUCAAAGGCACUUCUAAAGAGGACAGACUGGACUCCACAAAUGCCCAGUUCGUGGAUGUCCUGCACACAGAUAUAGAUGCCCUGGGCUUCAGAGAACCUCUGGGUCACAUUGAUUUCUAUGCAAAUGGAGGAACAGACCAACCCGGCUGCCCAAAGACAAUCUUUUCUGGAGGAUCUUAUUUCAAAUGUGACCACCAGAGAUCAGUCUUCCUCUAUCUUGACUCUCUGAACCGGACGUGUGUCAGCAGGGCAUUCCCCUGCUCGUCCUACAAGGACUUCCUGGAUGGUAACUGCCUGGACUGUGAUGAGUUUGGUGCUGCUGGAUGUCCUGUCUUUGGUUAUGACGUCACAAAGUGGCGUAACAUCCUACUGAAGCUGGGCCAAACUAAAACCUUCUUUACAACAAACCCAAAGUCUCCAUUCUGCAUGACAGGCUACAGAGUGGAUGUGAUGAUAUGGAACAAGGAAAGUCGCUGGGGAUACAUUACUAUUAAACUUCAUUAUAAUGGUACAGAAGCACUGGCGACCAUUAACCAUAAAUCAGCGAAGUUCAUGAGAUACACAGAGACCCACUUGUUUGCUCAGUUUGACAAAGACGUUCAGUCAGUGGAAAAGGUUUCUGUCAAAUUCUCCACUGGGAAUAUUUUCAAGCCCAAAUAUAAGCUCCGUGUUCUCCAACUCCGUCUCACACAUCUGGAACACAAGGAGAGAUCUCUCUGUCGAUACGACAUCAUUCUUAAGGCAGACACUGAGGUCACCUUCAGGCCCAUUCCGUGUGAAGGAUCCAACUUUUGAGUAAAAAAAAAAAAAAAAUCAGACUUUGAAAACAUUGAAAACUUUGUCGUUCAGAAUGUGGUUCAGCUGAAUCAUCAGUCCCUGACUGUACAGGACACCCACCUGACACCCAAAUAUAUUUACUGUGAACACUGAAAUGUGAUGUAUAUAAUGUACAUGCAUUUGUAAGAGAAUAUAUAUAUAUGUAUGUUUUUCCAGACUCUAUUUGCAUGUCACUUGUAGGGAAAAUUAGAAAUGGGAAUGAUUUUUGUUGUCUCAGUCACAGAUUUUUAAAAAACCCUAUAUCAUUAUAUAUUUAUUUAUGUAUAUGAAUUAAUCCAUAAUUAUUAAUAAUAAAAAAACAAAUCAAAUCAUCAA